AAAGACUACUUAGGGGUAAGGAAUGAAGGUUUAAGGGGUAAGGGAAGGUUCUUUCCUAGGUUAUCAGAACAACAAUAUGGCCUGUUAUUUAAUCACCCUGAAGGGGGGGUAAGGAAAGAGUGUUUAGGGGUAAGGAAAGACUACUUAGGGGUAAGGAAAGAACAUUUAGGGGAAAGGAAAGACUACUUAGGGGUAAGGAAAGACUACUUAGGGGUUAGGAAAGACUACUUAGGGGUAAGGAAAGACUACCUAGGGGUAAGGAAAGACUACUUAGGGGUAAGGAAAGACUACUUAGGGGUAAGGAAAGACUACUUAGGGGGGCCAAGUAAAGACUCUUUAGGAGGGGGGGGGGUAAGGAAAGACUACUUAGGGGUAAGGAAAGACUACUUAGGGGUAAGGAAAGACUACUUAGGGGUACAGAAAGACUACUUGGGGGUAAGGAAAGACUACUUAGGGGUAAGGAAAGACUACUUAGGGGUAAGGAAAGACUACUUAGGGGUAAGGAAAGACUACUUAGGGGUAAGGAAAGACUACUUAGGGGGUGGGGAAAGGAAAGAGUGUUUAGGGGGAAGGAAGGAAGGUUUAGGGGGAAGGAAGGAAGGUUUAGGGGGAAGGAAGGAAGGUUUAGGGGGAAGGAAGGAAGGUUUAGGGGGAAGGAAGGAAGGUUUAGGGGGAAGGAAGGAAGGUUUAGGGGGAAGGAAGGAAGGUUUAGGGGGAAGGAAGGAAGGUUUAGGGGGAAGGAAGGAAGGUUUAGGGGGAAGGAAGGAAGGUUUAGGGGGAAGGAAGGAAGGUUUAGGGGGAAGGAAGGAAGGUUUAGGGGGAAGGAAAGAGUGUUUAGGGGGGGGGGGGGGAAGGAAAGGGAAACAACAUACAUACAAUCAACACAAUUUCUUCCUUUUUUUUCCAUCUCACAUAUUCUUUCCAUCAUUCUUUCCAUCUCACAUUAUCUUUCAUCUUUUUCCAUCUUUUUUUUUUCUUACAGCUGAAGUAUGCAUCAAGGAACACAGCAGCAACGGUGGCCAGGAUGAUCUGUGCAAGCGUCUGGGAUGUAUUCAGGACUACUUGCAGAAACAGACAGCAACGUCAGGAGUACAAGGAGGAUCGACACCUGCGAAUGACUUUUGGGAGUCGAAGGUAAAGGCACUGUGGGAUGAAUUAGCAGGGGAAAUGGUGAAGGUAACUAACGGGAAUGGAACUGUAAAGGAAUGUAAUGAUUUGCCAAAUCCGUCUGACCAGACGGCAUGCAAUUAUUUGCAUGCCGGCUUUAAGGAACUGUACAAUCCGACGACGCCGUCGUCGUCGUCAGGCGACGACGGCAUCCUAUCUAAGAACAACCCAUCGUUUAGACAAACGAUGGGUUGUUUUUUACUUCAUGCUUAUGCAAAACACAUGAAAGAAAAAGCAAUUUGUGAAAUAGAGGAGGGGAUAAAAAAAGCUUUCGACACUGUUAAGAACGGUCUAGGUACUAAUACUAAUUGCAAUGAUAGCGCCAAUGGCAAGGGACCUUGUGUCCCUUGCCAAUGGCAAGAAGACAUCCUUAACACUUGCACAAUUAAAACAAAUGGCAGCGCCCCGGGCGCUGGCCAAGAUUCGAAGGUAGAAGAGAAGUUAAAGACCACCGUCAAUAUGAACGACGACUCCAACAUUCAAACAAUGCUAACAGAAAUAAAUAAAAUGACCACUUUAUGUGAUGGUUUAAAAUGUAUAGCAUCUCACUUAAAUUCGCCUAGCUCAAAACCAAAUGCGGACAACUUCUGGGAUGGAACAAAUGGCGAGGUCCACAGGUUGUGGCAAGUAUUGUCCGAAGCAAUGACGAAGAAUGGCAAUUCCCAUGGAGAUUGUGAUAAGAUGGAUGAUGAUAGAACACCCACCAUCCCUGAAAAGAAGGCAUGCAAUUAUUUGCAUGCCGGCUUCACCAAACUAAAGGAUCUCUCCAAGCCCACAACGCCUCAAAACAAGGACGGUGAAAUCUUGUCCAAGGACCCAUCGUUGAAACAAGCGAUGGGUUGUUUCCUUCUUAAGGAAUAUGCAAAAAAAAUGCAAGGUCAAUCCACGUGUGUUAUCACUUCCGGUUUAAAGAAGGCUUUCGAGACUGCUGGUAAAGAUUUAAUUGGGGGACAAUGCAAAUGGGAUGACAGCGACUAUGACAACUGCAAAAUUAACACAACUGACGCAGAUGGUGAAACCACCCAAACGCCAGUAAAGGACAAAUUAACACAUGUUCAGGACACAAUCAACACCACCGCAACUAAAACCCUACCGAAAAUAAAUAGCAUGUCCACUUUAUGCGAUUUCAUUCGAUGCGCCGGACCCAAAUGGUUCCACAACCACAAAAACAAAAACGUGAAUAGCGGUACCUCUACGCACAGUUGGUGUGACUUUUGGGAUAAGGCUGUUAAAGACGAGCUGCAGAAUAUGUUCAACAAGAUUGAAUCUGAAGGAAAUGACACAUCGAAGACCAACGCUAAUGUUGUAUGCAAAGCAUUUGGUGAUGAUAAUGCUGAUAGUGUUGAAAGAAAAGCUUGUAAUCAUAUCACGGCAGGGUUAGAACACAUUAAAAAAAUUACAAGUAGUACUUCUUCGACUAAUGGUAGUGGCAACCAACUGCUCGAUGGAGCAGUUGGUUGUAUUGCUCUUAACAUGUACGCUGAUCAAAUAAUUAAAGAGUCGAAGGAUAAAUGUCCCAUUGAUGAAUCUAAAAUACAAGAAAUGUUCGAUAAAUGGAAUCAAAAGUAUAAUAAUAAAUCUUCGACUUCGUCCUCGACACCAUGUAAUGGAGGUGGUAAUAAUAAUAAUGGUUGCUUUGUUUGUAAAAGGGAAGAAAAGUUUUCUGAGAGUUGCCAGCUGAGCGUCGAAGACGCUCUGGUGGAGAAAAAGGCAAAUGCAAAUUGCAAUGACAUUAAUGACAGAGAAAUUGUACAAAAACAAAUGAAUAAACUCCUCAACGAAGACAACGACCAAUCCCAAUCUCAGUCCAACUCCAUUAAAUCCAACAUAGGGACCACCUUAACUACUAUCACUGAAAUGAAAUCUUCUUUCUGUACUCAACUCCAAUGUGCAGCAAAAAAAUACUACGUAAAAAAAAACAACCCUAAUGGAAAAAGCAGCGAAGUGAAUUGGGAUGCCUUGAGGGAUGAGAUCGAGAAAGAAUUGAAGGCACUUCUAGAAAAUAUGACGGAGGGUCAGACUAAAUCGGAAAUUACCAAAUACUGUAACGACAGGGAAUGGGGUGAAUUUGGCCAUAAAGGAAAACACACAAAUAAAGCAGCUUGUUUGCUUUUUGCUGCAGGAUUAAAACACAUUUAUACGCAUGGUAAUGGCCGCAGUAGCGGCCCUGUUAAUGGCCCAUCGUUUGAACAAACGAUGGGUUGUUUAUUUCUUAAAGAAUAUGCAAAACAAUUGAAAAAAAUGGCAGAAGAGAAGAGAAAAGGAAAUAGUUGGGUACAUCCCCUUUGUAGCAUAGAGGAUGGUAUAAACUACGCUUCUAGUAAAAGUAAAGACAUUAUGCAAGACACAUCUCCAUGCAAAGAUACUAAUGGUACUAAUUCUUGUUUUGAAUGCAAAUUAAAAGAAGAUUAUAUUACUUGCUCCAUUGGUCAAGACAAAGUACAGGACAAAGUUAAUAAAUUGUUCGAAAACGAAUCGAAGCAAAAACAAAUGGAAAAAACAUUAGAGAACACAGUUUGUCCCAUCCUUCUUACGGAUCUCCUUACCCCUUUUCUUCCUUUGGCUCCUGUCUCUAUUGGUCUUUCUGCUAUGGCUUAUUACCUUUGGAAGUAUUUUGGUCCUCUUGGUAAAGGAGGACCACGUUUCAGAAGAUCUCCUGCUGAUAUUCCUGGUCCAUCAGUACAAGAACAAGUCCUCGAUCAUGUGCAGCAAGAUAGUUCACAUGAAUAUCGAUUGGUGAAGGAACGAAAACCUCGUUCUGCUCCAACGAGAACGAAACGUUCUGGUCCCGUGAAUCGUCGCACGAUUAUUGAAAUUCAUUUUGAAGUGUUGGAUGAAUGUCAAAAAGGGGACACACAAUUGAACCAGAAGGAUUUUCUGGAACUUUUGGUUCAAGAGUUCAUGGGAUCGGAAUUUAUGGAAGAAGAGCAGGUUCCUAAGGAAGACGUUCUUAUGGAACCUGUUCCUAUGGAACUUGUUCCUAUUGAAGGGGUUCCAAGUUUAGGUUCCGGUUUACUGGUUUAA